AUGGGGUUGCUAGGCCUAGCUGCCACCAUUGUGGAGCUUGCAAAACACCUUGUGGCUUGUUCUUUAGCUGAUCGUGUCUUUUUCUCAAACUUUGGGACAGAAGCUAACGAAGCUGCUAUCAAAUUUGCAAGAAAGUUUCAAAGAUUUUCACAUCCUGAUGAGAAACAGCUAGCAAUGCAGUUCAUUUCUUUUACAAACAGCUUCCAUGGGAGAACUAUGGGGGUCGUUGCUUUGACAAGCAAAGAGCAUUACCGGUCACCCUUUGAGCCCGUCAUGCCUGGAGUCACAUUCUUGGAGUAUGGUAAUAUACAAGCUACAACGGAACUGAUCCAAUGUGGAAAUACUAUUGCUAUAUUUGUAGAACCUAUCCAGGGUGAAGGUGGCAUAUACAUAUAG